AUGGCGGCUCCGAACCCGACGACCGGCGGCGGCGACGCUGCUGCCGCUGCCCUGCCGAUGCCCUCGCGCAACCCGCUGCCCCUCUCGGCCUCCCAGGAGGCGCAGAUCAGAGAUAUAUACCACCAGCGCGUACGCAGCGCCUGCGCGCCCGAGAUCAAGGCGUUCGCAGACUGCGCCCUGAACCGGACCUUCACGGUCUCCUUCGUGUGCCGGGAGCAGCUGCGCGCGAUGAACGGGUGCAUGAAGGCGCACGCGACGCCGGCGGCGCACGACGCGGCGCGGGAGGAGUGGUUCGCGAAGCGGCUCGAGAGGCAACGGGAGAAGGAGCGCAAGGCCGUCAAGAAGGCGCAGCAGGAGGACUUCAUACGCGAGUGGUGGGGCCUGCCGGAGAAGGACGCCGAGACGAGGCGGAAGGAGGAGGAGAAGAUGAGGAUGGCCGAGAGGGUCGGCGGGUACGCGGCGCGGGACCGGAAGAGGUGGGAGGAGGAGGAGGAACGGGCGAAAGCUGCCGCUGCCGAGAAGAGGUGA